GUGGAGAUCCCCAUGUGCCGCGGCAUUGGCUACAACCUGACCCGCAUGCCCAACAUGCUGGGCCACACGUCGCAGGGCGAGGCGGCCGCCGAGCUGGCCGAGUUCGCGCCGCUAGUGCAGUACGGCUGCCACAGCCACCUGCGCUUCUUCCUGUGCUCGCUCUACGCGCCCAUGUGCACCGACCAGGUCUCGACGCCCAUCCCCGCCUGCCGGCCCAUGUGCGAGCAGGCGCGCCUGCGCUGCGCGCCCAUCAUGGAGCAGUUUAACUUCGGCUGGCCCGACUCUCUCGACUGCACCCGGUUGCCCACGCGCAACGACCCGCACGCGCUCUGCAUGGAGGCGCCCGAGAACGCCACGGCUGGCCCCGCUGAGCCCCACAAGGGCCUGGGGAUGCUGCCUGUGGCGCCGCGGCCCGUGUGGCCCCCUGGCGACGCAGCCCCGGGCCCGGGCGCAGGAGGCACCUGCGAGAACCCAGAGAAGUUCCAGUACGUGGAGAAGAGCCGCUCGUGUGCGCCGCGGUGCGGGCCGGGCGUCGAGGUGUUCUGGUCACGGCGCGACAAGGACUUCGCGCUGGUUUGGAUGGCCGUGUGGUCGGCGCUGUGCUUCUUCUCCACGGCCUUCACCGUGCUCACCUUCCUGCUGGAACCUCACCGCUUCCAGUACCCGGAGCGCCCCAUCAUCUUCCUCUCCAUGUGCUACAACGUCUACUCUCUCGCCUUCCUCAUCCGCACAGUGGCGGGCGCCCAGAGCGUGUCCUGCGACCAGGAGGCCGGCGCGCUCUACGUGAUCCAGGAAGGCUUGGAGAACACAGGCUGCACCCUGGUCUUUCUGCUGCUCUAUUACUUUGGCAUGGCCAGCUCGCUGUGGUGGGUGGUCCUGACGCUCACCUGGUUCCUGGCAGCUGGCAAGAAAUGGGGCCAUGAAGCCAUUGAGGCCCAUGGCAGCUACUUCCACAUGGCUGCCUGGGGCCUGCCGGCCCUCAAGACCAUCAUUGUCCUCACCCUGCGCAAGGUGGCUGGGGAUGAGCUGACAGGGCUCUGCUACGUGGCCAGCAUGGAUGCAGCAGCGCUCACCGGCUUCGUGCUGGUGCCCCUGUCCUGCUACCUGGUGCUAGGCACCAGCUUCCUCCUGACCGGCUUCGUGGCCCUCUUCCACAUCCGAAAGAUCAUGAAGACCGGCGGCACCAACACCGAGAAGCUGGAGAAGCUCAUGGUCAAGAUCGGGGUCUUCUCCAUCCUCUACACGGUGCCUGCCACCUGUGUCAUCGUCUGCUAUGUCUAUGAACGCCUCAACCUGGACUUCUGGCGCCUCAGGGCCACAGAGCAGCCAUGCUUGGCAGCCACUGCCCCUGGAGGCCGGAGGGACUGCUCUCUGCCAGGGGGCUCAGUGCCUACUGUGGCUGUCUUUAUGCUCAAAAUCUUCAUGUCACUGGUGGUAGGCAUCACCAGCGGUGUGUGGGUAUGGAGCUCCAAGACUUUCCAGACCUGGCAGAGCCUGUGCCACCGCAAGAUGGCAGCUGGCCGGGCCCGAGCCAAGGCCUGUCGGGCCUCUGGGGGCUAUGGCCGUGGCACCCACUGCCACUAUAAGACCCCUACUGUGGUCUUGCACAUGACUAAGACGGACCCCUCUCUGGAGAACCCCACACACCUCUAGUGACAGAGGCCUGGCUCUGGGUAGUGGCUGCCCCUUCUUUGCCCUCCCCUCCCCCCAAGAGACAGCUGACUAGCAGCUGCCCAGCUGUCAAGGUCAGGCAAGUGAAUGCCAGGGGGCUGAGGACCAGGGUGGGGACCCAGAGAGACUCACAUCCCUCUCCUCCGCUUGUGCAUGGGGGGGAGGGAGGCCUGUUUGAGUCCCGGAAGGUGUGAGGAGAGGAGGGGGCAGAAGAGAGCGUGGUUUAGCAGGCGCUUAUUUAAUGAUGUAAUUUAUUGUUGAGUUCCUCUGAAAGCUGUGACUGGAAUAAACCCCGGUGUGGCA